ACCAUAGAUGGCCAAACAGAAAAUGGCUUCAGCGGAGUCCCAGCCGCGGUUUGGGCAGUCUGUUAAAGGCUUAUUAUCCGAUAAAGUGGGCUCUUGUAGCGGGGAUGUGAUCGCACUGACCCGCCAGGUGUUGAAGGGAUCCCGCAGCCAAGAGCUUCUUGGGCAAGCAGCCAGAAACAUGGUCAUUCAGGAGGAUGCCAUCCUGCACUCAGAGGAUAGUCUGAGAAAAAUGUCCAUCAUCACCACACAUUUACAGUAUCAGCAGGAGGCCAUCCAGAAGAAUGUGGAGCACUCUAAAAACCUGCAGGACCAGCUGAGACACCUGCUGAAGUGACAGAGCAGCAGAAGAUGCUGAGCCUUCAUCAGACGACGACAGCGUGUUAAUGAACACUGUCUCAGCAGGAUUCCAUAGAGUUGAACACUGGACCAUAUGGAUAAUCUGCCAUAUUUGUACUUUAUAACAAAGAUUUGGAACUGUGACUGGACUGAUGUGGGACUCAUUUAACCAGUUUUGAAGGGAAGUUCUGUUCUGUAUCAAACAUAGUGCCUUGCUCAUGGGCCAUGUUCCCCAAAGUGUUUUCUUGAGUGUUUUCCUGUUUUUAUCAUUUGUAUUCAAUUAAUUUAGACCUUGACAAUGUCACCUUUAUUUGUAUUCUGAUCCUCAUAAUGCCACCCUGUCAAUCAAAUCAAACAGCACAUGACUGCAAAGAGCAGUAAAAUAACCUACAUUCUUAAUUAGUGACUGGUCCAUCAUUUACCCCAGUGGUAGAGAAGUAGGCUUAUAUAUGCACACACACAUAAUUGUAAUUUCCCCUGCCCUCCAUGUUGACCUGCUGUCAGGAUAAAAGUAUAAUGUCCUUUUCCACUAAUUAAUUAGCACACAUUCCUUCAGUACAGCGAGUGUCGUGUCAGAUGUAAAUUGACCAUGUGAGCUGCUGUAGUUUUACAGACAGAUGUUUUUUGUUUUUUUAACCCUGCUUGUAUUUGUUUGUAUUUUCUAAGAGAGUUUAUGAUAAUGUAUGAAAUGCACAGAGAGUUGGACAUUUUACCAUUUUUGUAGAAGAUGAACAAUGAUUCAUGGCCUUGUGGUUCAAUGAUGGAGCAGAUCUUAGUGUGCACUGCAGGAGGCUUUUACUUCAUACAAGUGUACAAAUAAACAUGUUGAAACACC